AUGAAGCCUUUAUUUGGAAAUCCUACGGAUCAAAAAGUUGUGGAAGAGAAUGAAGUAAAGUUGGAUAGGAUUCUUGAUGUGUAUGAGAAACGAUUGUCCGAGUCAAAAUACUUGGGAGGUGAGUGCUUCACAUUGGUGGAUCUGCAUCAUUUACCUUCUCUUCAUUACUUGAUGAAGUCACAGAGCCAAAAACUGUUUGAGUCGCGGUUUCAUGUUAGUGCUUGGGUGGUUGAUAUUACUGCAAGACCAGCCUGGUCUAAAGUUCUUGCCAUGCUACCUAAAUAA